AUGAAAGUACCACGUCAGUUUUUAAAUCCUUAUUGGCACUGUAUGCUUCAAUGCAAAACAAAAAUUCCAUCCAUUCCUGCAUGUGCGGAGGAAAAGCGUAGCGAAGUAUUCUUUCGUUGGGAGAGUAUUUCUACAGAAACAAAGAGCCAGAUAGAAUACAACGUAUUUGAAUUCUUUCACGGCAGUGUUUGUGAUGGUGAUGAUGGUGACCGUGUUUAUGAUGAUGUUCAGAUUGAUCAUCUCUAUUCCAUUGCUGACCAUAAUCUCCUCGAUCAUUAUAAAACGAUCGUCUUCGCUCCACUGCUGAUUGUUUUCUCCGCCGUCGCCGUACUAAAAAGGGUCAUCUCUAUUCCGCGAAUCGCCAUCAAAACCACAUGCGGCGUUAUCGAAAAAGUUUAUUCGAAAAUCAUCUCCAUCGAACUGUUCAAUUGUACGGUUAUCUGUAUUGCUAUUGUCAUUGUAAUCCCAAUGCGAUUGACCGAAAUCGUCGUUGGGAACUUUUCGAAUUGUCCACGCAUCAAGACAAAGGUCUGCAUCUGUCAUAUAAUCGUACGGUAUAUAACAGUAUCCUCGAUCGCCCUGUGGAAUAUUAAACGAAAAUUUUUAUUGAACUUGUUUAUCUACAACUUUCCUUACCCAGUCUGUCCCCCAAGAAUUUCGAACAAUGAAGGGCUACGACUGAUCGCUAUAACCGACAGCAACUAA